UCCCUUGUCUCUUUAGCGUGUUCCAAUGUCAAACUCCAAAAACAGAAAACAAACCAUCACUUUGCACAUGACAUGGGUGGUGCACCUUCUCUCAACCCAUUCAGUUUCACAUUUUUCCCUUUCUUCCCCAUCGUCGUUGUCACCGUCACCACCACGCUAAUUCUAAUUGCAAGUGCUGAUCAAGAUCACGACUCAAAAGAAAAUGGAGGAAUCCCCGCUCUCGAAGACGACAAUGGCGCCGCUACAUCGUCACCGCCGCCACUAUCAUCGACUACAAGUCACAAGCAAAAGAAAUUUGCUUCCAAACCUAGUACGGCAGUAAUAAUAGGCAUUUUAACGACAAUAGUUUCCAUCACAUUGCUCAUACUUCUCUAUAUCAAACACUGCUCCAAAGGAAAUGUAAAUAUGUUUAAUAAUAAUGCUACCGACGCAAAUCCCAACGCGGAAACAAAUUUGCAAGAUAGGAAGAACUCCGGAAUCGAGCGUACAGUUGUGGAAGCGUUGCCGGCUUUCAAAUUUGGUUCAUUGAGAGGCCAAAAAAACGGACUCGAAUGCGCAGUUUGUCUCAACGGAUUUGAGGAUCCUGAGGUACUCAGGUUAUUACCAAAAUGCAACCACGCUUUCCACGUGGAAUGUGUCGACAUGUGGUUAGGCGAACAUUCCACGUGUCCACUUUGUCGAUAUAAGGUAGACCCUGACGACGUUAUUAUUCCUCCGCGAAGAAUCACAGAGGAAGAAUCAUCGUCGUCAAAUGUUGAAAGUGGGAGAGUUACUAAUAAUACAAAUAUUCCCGAGAAUAGUGAAACGUCGUCGAAGUUAUCUUGGGAUAGGGAUAGUAAUAGUAAUAAUAUUAAUUUAAGAGAUAUAAGGAGUGAUGGUGGUAUGGGAGAGCAUAAGUUGGAGCACCGUAUAAUUGUGUCCCCAACUUCAUGUAGUGGGGUCCAGCAACGAUGGAGUAAUAUUGAGAGAUGUGAUAUGCUUUACUUAACCUCAGAUGGAAUCAUAAGUGAAAAUUUGUCUUCAGCAAUGAAUAAUAGAGACAGAGGAAAGAGAAGAAUGGUGGAGCAUAAUCGAGAUAUUAUUGAUGACGAGAUGGAGAAUGGUUUAGGUGGUGGUAAGAGGUAUUUAAGAAGUGUAUCAGAGAUGACAGGGAUUAGGAGAUUUAUGAGUAGUGAUAGAGAACGUCGUGGUGGUCGAGAAGAACAAGAGAGACAAAGGGAGGGAGCAGUUUUAAGGUGGUUGAAUUGGAUUUCCAAGUCAAAAUCACCAAGAGUUACUUCAUAGUCAUGUUUUUUUUAGA